AUGCAUGAUCAGGUCUGCCUGGACCUGGACGGCUUCCCACGCGACCACGAGUUUCCGGAGGACUACGGGCAAGAGGAAGAGGAUGAGUGUGACAUCGAAGGGGAGCCUUUGUUCGAGGAGGAGCUCGCCAACCAAGCUGUCGGGGCGAAGCCGAAGCGCAAGAGCAAGCGGACGAAGGCAUACACGGCGGCCGUGGACAAGCUUCUUUGUGAGUGUUGGAGGGACACUGGGCAAGACCCCAAGGUCGGCGCCGAACAAAAGGCAUCAACCUUUUGGAUUCGUGUCCACCGUGAGUUCCAUGAGCGCAAGAAGUUUCCGCCGUACCAAAUAGUAAGCACGCGCGGGUGGGUGUCCAUUUCGAAGCGAUGGAGGGUGAUCCAACAAGAGUGCAGCAAGUUUUGUGCCAUUCUUGAGAGCGUCAAGGCCUGCCCCGUGAGCGGCAUCGGCAUGCAAGAAAUGGUUAUCUACAGAGCUACAACUUGGAUCCGGUCCUUACUCACUCAUGCGGACUUUAGGGAGCUUUUGAGUAUUGGAUGCAACCGCUGGGAGAUGAUAGCACAGGCUAUCUUCGGCCGAUUUGGGUGGCGAGCUAAUUAUAGCCGAGGAGACAGCUCGACGAUCUUUCUACAGAUUCUUGCUACAUUUUGUGCAGCUCCACACUUUCAGACCGUAGUAGAAGCAGGUCCGCCACCCCCCUUCCCGGCCCCUGCGUCGCUCCGCUUGGGCCGACUCGGGAGGCGACGAAACCCUAGCCGCCAGUCCUCCCAACCCUCCUCCUUUCCCCCUCGCCGCCGCCUAAGGAGGCCUCCGGCGAGCUCCGCGUGGCCACCAAGGACGGCGGCGACGAGGAUCUGGCUGCUCCCGCACGGAGGGCUUCGGGCGCCGAGGCGGCGGCCUCGGGUGGUGAGGCGGCGCCGUCUUCUACAGCGAGCGGCGUCGCAGGUGUUGCCCCUGUGUCUCCUCGGCCGCGUGGGCGGCGAGGGACGGCGCGAGUUGUCGCCAUUCGUAGCGGGCGGUGCGUCCUCCUGGCUCGCGUCCGGAUCUGAAAGCGGCCUCCCUCCCCCUGCAGCGCUGCUUCACACCGGAUCUGGUCAUCAGAGGCCUUGGGUCGCGGGCGCCGGUGAAGGUGGACUGCCAGGAGUUGCGAACUUGGACCGGGAGAAAUCCUUGGCUGGUUCUCUGGCCACGGCGGCGGCGACACCGGCCGGUGCCGUUCCCCUCCACGGAGGCGUCGUCAAGGAUCCAGUCAAGUUUGAGUGCGGUUUGCAUUGACUCGCUAUAAAAUGUGAGAAGAAGUGCAAGAAAAACAAGGUAAAUAUCAUGCGUCUAAAUUUCUGAAUUAUGAACAUUCGAAUUUGUAAGGCUGCCAACAAUUUGUAAGACAAAAAAAAAGAAUUUGUAAGACUGCCCACAAUGCCGUCAUUUCUCGCUUCCAAAAGGGUGAUUAUAGAGUUAAAUUCUGAUUUUCCUUGUUGCAA